AAAGUUUGAAGUUUGAACGGACGCCGUAUUGAAAUCGAAAAUACCCCUUGUUUCAUUCGCUCUUCUUUCUGCUUCGCUUCGCACGCUUUGCUCUGCUCGCGAACGAUGGAGGGAGAAGCAGAGCAAGAAGAAGCUCUCCGUCUCAAAGCCAUCGCCGAAUCCAAAUACAAAAGCUCUAACCUCGGCUCAGCUUUGAAAUAUGCCAAGCGAGCCCAACGCCUUGUUCCUGACCUCGAUGGUAUCUCCGAAUUGGUUACAUCUUUAGACAUACUCAGCGUGGCCUCCAAAUCGCCCACUCCUGACUGGUACAAGAUACUCCAGGUCGAGCCCUUUGCUCACUCCAACGUCAUUCGGAAGCAGUACAAGAAGCUGGCUUUGAUUCUUCACCCGGACAAGAAUCCCCAUGCGGCUUCCGAGGAGGCGUUCAAGCUUGUUAGCGAGGCGUUUCGAUUUCUUUCUGAUAGAAUUCGGAGGAAGGAGUACGAUAUGAAGUUGAGGAUUCGGAUUCAGGAUGAGGCGACAGAGGGUUCGAAGCAGCCGGUGGAGACCUUCUGGACAGCUUGCUGCACUUGUCGGCUUCUGCAUCAGUUCGAGAGGAAGUACGUGAACCAUAAUUUGGUGUGCCCUAGUUGUAAAAAGAGUUUCAAAGCCGUGGAAGUUGAGAAUGGAAACGAGUCUGAGGAGGAGGACGGGGGGGUGAGGGUUCGGAAUAGAAGUAUUAGGUUGAGAGUUCCGAGCUUGAGGAGGAAAUUUGGUACUAUUGGCAAAUCACGAACCGUGAAGAGGAAAGUGGGCGGAGAAGAGGCUGAACCUGUGACCAGCAAGAGUGGUAGAUUAAAGGAUAAAGUUGGAGGCGUUGAAGUGAGAAAUGGGGAAUUAGAGAGUGAAGGAGCUGUUGGCAAAUGGAGUAGGGGAAGACUGAGAAGUAGAGGCUUGAAGAGGAGAAUGAGCACUGUUGGGGAUGUGUUGGAAAGGUCUAAACCAAAGAAAAUCAGAACUCGCGAGGAAACGAUGACAUUAGCAGAAAUGCAGUCUGAAAUCAAGAAAAAGGCUCAGCAGAAGAGGCAGAUGAUAUUGAAGCCAAAGGAAAAGGAGGGGGAUAAAACACAGAAGAGGAACGAGCAGGAGGAAUUACAAAAGGCUUUAAAAAGUUCCAGGGGUUCGUUGACUGUCAAACUGAAAAGUUUGAAGAUCAGGAACCUACUAGUUGAGGAGAAGCAAGCAUCUCUUGCUAAGAGUAAAGAAUUGAAAAUUGUCGAGCACAGUAACUCUAGCAGUGGUGAUAUGGAAAAUAUGGCAGUAGUGGAUUCAGAUUUUUAUGAUUUUGAUAAAGAUAGAGUAGAGAGAAGCUUUAAGAAAGGUCAGGUGUGGGCUGUUUAUGACGAUGAUGAUGGAAUGCCAAGGAAUUAUGCUCUGAUUGAUGAAGUCGUUUCCGUAAUUCCUUUUGAAGUAAGAAUAAGUUGGCUGGAUCUACAAAGCAGCGGGGAUGGAAAGAUGAUUAGUUGGGAGGAAAGGGGAUUUCGUAUAUCUUGUGGGAGAUUUAAAGUUGCGAGGAAGACUUCCAUAAAUUCUGUAAAUAUCUUUUCCCAUGUUGUAGAUUGCGAACGGGCAGCUCGUGAAGUUUACAGAAUUUAUCCAAAAAAGGGGUCUGUGUGGGCACUUUAUAAUAAGGCAGCUUCUGAUGUAGAGGAAAGAAGCCUUGCAGUUCAGAGCAAGAGUUUCUAUGAUAUCGUUGUAUUCUUGACGAGUUAUAAUGAGAUAACUGGAUUAAGCAUGGCAUAUCUUGAGAAAGUUAAAGGUUACAAGGCAAUAUUCAAGAGACAAGAAAUGGGGUGUCAUGCUGUUAGAUUUCUUGAAAGAGAUUGUUUCCUGUCAAUUUCGCAUCAAAUUCCUGCACGGAAACUUUCUGGCAUUGAAACUCCUGAAUUUUUGAGAGACUCAUGGGAACUUGAUCCCGCUUCACUUCCUUCAGAUUUACUGGCUUAAUGAGACUGUCAAACUUUUGAUAGAUUGUUGAGCUUCACAUUUACAAGAUAUUGGGAGGCAAACUUUUUUGUUUGAAAACCUGGGUGCUUUGUAUAGCUUCAUUUGAUUGGAUAUGCAGAUUCAGGACAUAUUCAUCGUUUUGUUUUUGUUCUGCUUAACUCAGUGCACUUGUUCAAAAUUCUCCUGUUCAUAAUAUAAUUAGUGUGGUGGGUUGGUGAA